AGAAUUUAUUUUCUUCUUUUUUUUUUUUUUUUUACGGAUUUGGUAAUUACGUUGCCAAUAGGUCCUCCAAUAAGAAAUUUCGAUAAUACGAAUAGACGAAGAGAGGAAGCGGGUUUCGCCGAGUCUCCGAAAGUUUUAGAAAUUCAAUUGCCCGUUAAAAUAGCUACCAAGGAUGAUCUGAUAGCUUGGGCUAAAUACGUGAUGGGUUUGAUGGCAUCGAGGAUAAAUGUAACAUUGUCUUCGGUCAAGGAAGAAUUAUCAAAGGUCGAUCAGAAUCGUUUGAAAAGUUCUUCGAAAUUACAAACGCCUAGUAAAACUCAAUCGAGAUAUAAUACGGAGAUUAAAACGAAGGUAGUAUCUUCUUCGCAAUUUCCAACAACGCGAUUCAAUGCUAAACAGGAAAGCAAUCUUUUCUUACCGCAGUAUCCAAAUUUUGGUACGAAAAAUACAUACGAUUUGAACGACGAAGAAAUCAUACGUAACACGAACAACGUUGUUAUACCACAACCAGCAGGAACUUAUCUUCCCGUACCAAUCAGUAAUCCUGGAAUUUCAGGAUACAGACAAGAAGAACCGAUAGGCAAAUUAUUCUUCGACGAGUUUGAGAAAAACUUUACGAACAAUUUCGAUUUCAAAACGUUCAACAACGAUGAUUUAACGAACGUUAAUAACAUGUUUAUCAAUAAUCCUUUGGAAUUAUCCGCACCGAUAAGACAAACAAAUAAUUUUACGAAUAUUCAUAGAAAUAUUAGCAAUGGUCCUAUUAUACCAUUGAUAAGCGUACCAUUCGAAGCAGUUAUCACUAUAACGAGAGAACAAUCAACCGAAUCUACAAUUCCACCUAACAAAACGAAAAAUCUUUUGUUAAUACCUAAGAGAGAACCACCCGACGAAUUUCCUCCCUAUUUCGAAAGAAAUUACACUCUUAUUGAUCAGGAUGGUCAAAUUAACGUUAUUUUCGACGAUUUCGAAGAUAGAAAAAGACCGUCCAAUACGAUAGGUGAACUUUUACAAUUGUUAGGAGUUUUAAGAAGAAAUUCGCAAAACGAGACCAACGUCAGAACAACUUCGCCAAUUUUGAAGAUCAUUAAAGGUAUGACAUCACAGAAGGUACAAACUGCUCCAGCCUAUAACGAGUCAGCGUUAUUGACGAUUAAAGAAGAAUUAAACAAAACUAAUUCUGAUUCGCCGGAACUCGAACAACAGUAUGAUGACGAUGACGAUCAAAUGGGUGGAUCGUUACAAGCGUUGCUUGAUUUAUUGCCAUUAGCCGUACCAAUUUUGGAAGAUUUAAGUGACCCUAACUCGGAAACAGAUCUGGCUGAGGUGUUGCAAGCUGCUAUACCUUUGAUCCAAGGAUUAUCCGAAGGCGACGGUGAAGGUGGAGUCGAUAUUCCAGGAGCCCUAGUACCUAUAUUAUUAAAUCUCAGCGGAGAUGGGAAAGGAAGUGACGUAGCAGCUAUAGCUGGACCACUUAUUCAAUUGCUAGCACCAUUGAUAGGACCUUUGAUCGGCCCUUUAAUCGGUCCUUUGAGUCGUUCGAGUAAUCCACCUUAUGGGCAAGGUGGUUCAUCUUUAUCGGCAUUGGUUAAAUCCGUGGCAGGUCCAUUGAGUACGCCAACCGGACCAGGAAAAAUGUCACCCCUAUCGAAUUUAAUAGCCGGGAUCAUUGCUAGUCUGAGCAAAGGUGGCUACGGUCCUGGUGGAGGUGGAUUAGAUUUGUCGACAUUGAUUAGUACAGUUGUCUCAGGUUUGCUAGCAGGUACUAGUGCUGGACUUAGUGGAUCAUCAAAAGGUAGUGGUUACAAAGAUACUGUAUAUUCACCGACAAGUUAUGGCGAUUACGGUGGUUACGGUGGAUACGGUGCUUAUGGUCCAGCACCAGCAAACACGGUCAAUCCCGUGAACCUGUUGAGUAAUUCAAUCAAAGGAAUAAUUAACGGUGCACUUCAAUUAGUUGGAUCACUUUUAAAAGCAGUGACAGGGGUCUUAGGUGCUUCGUCACAAGAACCAGCACCUCCUGCUUAUGGUCCACCACCAGGUUAUGGGCCAUCUACUACAAGGGCUCCUGCUUACGCUUACAACUCGUAUGUAAAUGCACCAACCGGACAAACGGCACCUCCGCCACCAAGGCAAACCAGUGUGAAGAAACGUAUUAUUUAA